AUGACGAAAAAAUCGGUGACAAAAACACUUGAAACGACAUUGGAAAAAAGCGAGUAUUUCUGCGAGAAUGAAAUAUUGCCGGAUCUACAGGCACGCCAGAGAAUCACGUCGAGGAAAGAAAAGUCGGCGUAUCCAACUAUGAUUGGCCUGCCAUCUAUCAAUCCAAAAUCCGUAGCAGGAAAAUAUUUCGUGAAAUUCGCCAGUUCCGGAACGUUACACGGUUUGAAUCAUUUGGUCGCGCCAAAUAAACAUCCUUUGGAAAGAUUCUUAAUAUUGUUUUUCGUUGUCGGAGCUCUGGUGUGCUUGAUCGUUUUGUCGAACAUUUUCUGGGAUCGUUAUCAGAAUAACGCCACGGUUAUCGUAGUGGAUAACAAUAAAGAUUUGUUUAAAAUUCCACGAUGGUCUCUAUUCGUUUGCAUGGUUCAGACUAUAGAUCCAAUGAAAAUGACGGACGUGUUUAAAAAAUACGAUAUUAAAGACACACCAGAGGCGAGAGAGUUCUUCACUUUUCUCGGUACCGUCACUUACGAAAACAUGAUGGAAACGCCUAUUUACGACAAAGUGCCAGCGAACAAGUGGCUAGAUAUCCUUUACGAUUUGAAACGAGAUAUAGGCUCGAACAUUUUGUCAGAGAAAUCUUUUGAUCCUUACGAGACUUGGAUAAUUACGGAAAAAGGAUUGUGUUUCGUGUCGAGGAACGUGUUUGCAGUCUAUGCUACGUUGAACUAUUGGAAAAAUGAUAAUUGGACCACGAUUCCUAUACCAGAUGAUUUCCAGAAUUACGAUACGUCCUUCGAUAAUUUAAUAGAAAAUUUUAAUCUACCUUUCAACGCUACGUUCACUGUGUCCGAUCCUUUCGAAUUGAUAACGUAUGACAUUCCUAUGAUACGGACACAUUCGAAGAAAAUUUACAGAAAUAUAAUAUUUUCGUCACAGAUUCAGACGAAACCGAAUGUCCAAGAGCUCUCUGUUCGCCAAAGAAAAUGUAAAUUUUUCGACGAUGGCGGUUUAAAAACGUGGCCGGUUUAUACAAAAAAUAUGUGCAUCAUAGAAUGCAGAAUGAAAGUGAUACAGGAUAAUUGUAAUUGUCGUCCCCAUUUUGCCAGGCCUAUUGAUGGCGUAAACACGUGCAAUGCAACGCAACUUCGUUGCAUCGGUAAUAUAACAAAGGAGCUUUUUCUAUACGAAUAUCCUUUUCUUUGCAAGUGUAUCCCAAACUGUAAUGUCGUUUCCUAUCAAAUCAAAAAUAUCGAAGAGAGUAACAUAGAACAAAUAAAUACAAAUACAAACGCAAUAAUUAUAAACACUGAAUUUCCACAAAUCAUUUAUUACAGAUCACUGUUAUACGGCUUUACUGAUUUACUAACUAGUAUUGGAGGAGCAGCAGGAUUAUUUCUGGGAGCUAGUGUUUUAUCCUUUGUUGAAAUAUUCUAUUAUAGUACCAUUCAUUUAUUCUUCUAUAUGAAAGAAAGUAGAUGGAAAUCCAAAAAUACAACCAAAAUGUCUAAUUAAUGUAGAGAACUUUUUUUCUACUCUUUAUAAGGAAAGGACACGAUGUAAAAUAAAUAUCAUCACAUACACGUAUAACUGUACACGCGAUAAAUCUAUGCCGCGUAAUGAUUGUACAUCAAUUUACAAAGAGAAUUAAGAACAUAAUUACAACUUCUGAAUGAAAAACUUUUUGAUUGAUCUUAACUUUCUUAUAUCAAUCAAUGAUAAGACUAGCUAAAAAGACGCUAAAAUGUCACUAAACGGAGUUCCAGGUUCUUUUGCUGCUGCUUCGAAAGUUUCCACGAAAGCCUUCUUUUGAGUCUCCUUAGAUAACUAUUAAAAAAAAUAUUUUAUUGUUAUUAAUUGAAAUUUACGUUUGAUUAUUUUUUAUUAUAAAAUCACGUAUACCUUACGAUAGAAAUCAGAGGCAGCAAUGCAUAGUAUCUUUUUAUCCUCGUAUUCGUGUUUUCCUAUUCUGGAUUGAAUAUAAGGAAAUCUGAAUAAAGUGUUAAGAAAUCGUUUACGAUAAACGAACGGAUUGACGAAAAAUUGUAAAAAAAAUACAGGAAGGAUACAAUGCUCUUAGCCAAUGAUUCGUAGAUGUACUAAUAAAAAAACAAGACAAGCACCACGUCGACAUCGUAAUCGGCAAACUCUGAAUAAAGUUUGGUAAGCUAAAUACAACCCAAUCUUGGAGAAGUUCCAUUUGCGCGCAAGUGCAUGCUCUUUCGCAAACCUGUAAAUAAUUAUUUUAUCAUUUCAAAUUGUUCGCAAAUUGUAAGCUGGUUACAAAUAUACUUAUAUAAAAUCGCAUAUGAUUAUUGACUCACGUUGUUACCGAUCGAUCAUUUGUGUUACUAACCUUAAAUACAACGGCGGAAAGUAAUCGUGGAUGAGGUUGUUGCGGCGACAAAAAUUCCCCUAUAACUUUGGUUAAAAUUUCUAAAGGUGGAAAGAAAUCAGCAAGCACGCUGGAUAAGACUGUGCAUAAAAGUUCCACUUCCAUAGAAUGUCCCCUUCUAAUUUUAUCGAAAAUUGCAGAAGUACGUUCAAUAGACCGAACUAGCGUUUCCGGCUCAAUAUCUGGUAAUGGUUCCUCUGUUUUUAAUUGAUUCAAUCUAUCGGAUGAUUCCGUAUACAUGCAAGUCAAUAAUAAUUGCAAGGCGGGUAACGAUAACAUAGGACUAGGCUGUUUUAAACGAUCGAUCGCAACUUUCACUAUUUGCUCGGCAACCUUUCCAAUCACACUUUUCGUUGCUACGAGUCGCUCGAGCCCCUAUAUCGAUUAUGUGAAAACAAAAUUAUAUAAAAAAUCAACGUAUAAGCGUCCACAUGCGUUUAAAAAAUUAGUAUUUACACGAGCACACAUUAAUAUACCUGCAAAAGGGUUUGAUGCAAACUAUAAGAAAUAUUUUGCGAUGUAAGUAAAGUGAGAACUAAUUCUAACACGGCUGGUGCUUCCGUAUCUGGUGGAGUAUCUUCUGCGUGCUCUAAUAAAAAGAACACCAGAGCCCACAUCACACCUUGAUGCUCUUCGCUUUGACUUAACACACUGAAUUAAAUAAGCAAUUAAUUUCGGCAAAAGAAAAAAAAAAAAAAAAAAUACAUAUAAA